AUGGAGUACUUUAACCGCUGGGCAUAUGUCUAUGUUGGAAUCUAUGGCUACAAGUUCACACAGGCUGGCAAGGCCGUAUUUGAGCUUUUCAAGCAGCGUGGUUUUGAUGCUAUUAUCAACGAUGAUCUUAUUGGCAACGUGCUUGGCUUUGCAGCGCUUGGAAUUGGACUCAUAUGCGCUGGCGUUGGCGCGCUGAUUGCGGAGACGACCGACACUUUCGCGUUCGAAAACAGCACGGCGUUUCUAGCGAUCUUGGGUCUUGUGGUCGGCAUCGGUGUUGCUGUCACACCCCUCGCUGUAAUCGACAGUUCUGUUGCUACGAUCUUUGUCUGUUUUGCUGAGGAUCCGGCUGCUUUCCAAUAUUCGCAUCCGGAAUUGUACGCGCCGUUGGUGCAGGAGUGGCACAACCUUUACCCAGAGAUUAUGGUACAAGCGGGAUAUUACGUGUAG